AUGACUCAAGAUAUUCAAGGUUCAAUGGCAGAUGCAUUCAAGUAUCUUAAUGAUGCUGAGAAACAAGCUGCUAAUUUAGAGAAAAUGCUUGAUGCAUUUGAAGCUAAAUUAGAUUCCAUAUUGAAAGAUGCAGAGAAUAUAAAUAAACCGGAUGAAGCUGAACAUCAGAAUGGAUAUGAAGAUGAUGUUGAACAUACAGAUGAAAACGAAAACGAAAACGAAAACGAAGGCGAUAAUGAGGAAGAAGAAGAAGAAGAGGGGGAGGAAGAAGGUGAUGAUGACGAAGAAGAAGAAAACACCAAAGAUAAGAGUAAUGGUAAGGAAGACAUUGAUAGAAAUAAAGAUUCUAAAGAGGACAACAGCAAUGCAAACUCAACUCAAGCUGUAAAAAAUAAGCUGGAAACAAAACUAAAGGAAAAUGAACAUUCAGAUGAAAAAUCAGAUCCCACCAAGGAAAACUCUAAAGACGGGAAAGUUUCAAAAGAAAAUACUACUAAUGCAAAUGAUUCAAUUAACGAAAAACUAACUACAGAUGAUGAGCCAAUUGUUCCCACAACCAAAUCUGAUGAAUAA